AAAAGUUAAGGACAACUCAACCGCUUCAUUGAGCCACUUUUAUUCUCUUCACCACCAACUCGACUCUCACUGAAGCUGCUCUAUUGUCUAUCUUCUUCAUUCGCCAGCCCUUGGACCUCCACUACCAGUCUGCCUGCCUCAGAACCAGUUGCGCUCCUGUCCGCACCCCCCCCGAACUAUUCCACGAGGACGAAAUGCCCAGUAUGUGGCUCACAGAUAUGCAGAGUACGUUGCGACUCCAUCAGCACUGUCGAGGGUCGUAUGAGCUAAUCUAGACUAGAGAUUGGGGUGGCAUUUUGCUCAGGAGGGGGCCUAUUCUUGUUUGGUGGAGUUUUGAUGUUCUUUGAUCGCUCUAUGUUGGCGAUGGGGAAUAUCCUCUUCCUCAUCGGCCUCACUCUUAUCAUCGGUUUACAAAAGACCUUUAUCUUUUUCGCCCGGCGCCAGAAGCUCAAGGGUACUGCUGCAUUCGCCGCCGGAAUCCUGCUCAUCCUCCUCCGCUGGCCAUUGACCGGCUUCUUGGUCGAAUUGUACGGCAUUUUUGUCCUUUUCGGAGACUUUUUUGCGACGAUCGCCUCGUUCGCAGGCAACAUUCCCAUUGUUGGCCCAUACAUCCAGUUGGCAUUGCAAAAGAUAUCGGGUGGGCGCAGAAACGCUGAGCUCCCAGUCUGAAACCAAGAGCACAAAAGCACAUAUCCAUUUUGAUUGAGGACAACAAGUCUGGCCACCCAUGCCCUCAGUCACGGCGGCUGGCACACCGCGAGGAAUUCAUAAUUUCAUGGAUCCUGACUGGUACACAGUUGGCUACUUCGACAAGAGAUGUACAUGGCAUGUACAAAUCUCGAUCCCAACGGGACAUACUGGAGGCCAAAUCCGUCGCAUUUCAUUUUGUGGGAUCGAUCUCGAUUCGGAGUUUUGGCAAUGAAGGAAAUUGGUACGACAAGCCAAAGGCCUAACGCCUUGGUAAUGAUCACCACCUCUUCAUAGGGCCCCAAAACCAGAGGCACCGCCGUCAGCACCAGGCCAACCAGUAAAGGUACUCAGGCCAUGAGCAUUGACAUCCGGGGCUGUGGCCAAUAGAUCAUAUCCCAUGCCCAUGCUCCAAAGCAUGUCAUCUUCUGUUUGCCAACCGCCAAAUGUGCCUAUGGAUGCGGGUUGGCUAUGGGGAGAUAGAGUAUAGCCCUCAAAGGCCGUUCCGUUGGAGGGUUGCCCAAAAGUAGUGGGUGAAGAUGUCGAAGGGUGUGGACGGAGCAUGGUCGCAUUUGAGUCGUGGCGAUAUAUGUCUGAAUUCCGCCCGUGAGAGUGAGCACUACGAGGCGUCAUGUCUGUCUGUGCAUGACCCAUGGACUGUACUUGUUGUAAAGAGGCAGUACGUGAAUCGAGGGCGAUGGGGCGAGAGUUUGCAUCAUAGUCGUUCCUGCCCUGGCCUCCUACAGGGUUUCCUUGAACGAGAUUGCGUCUCAGGAGCCGCUCAAAACCAUCAGCCAUGCUGUACAAAAUAUGACUUCGACCGGCUCGACAGCCACGAAAUAGAGCAAUGACGUUUUCAAUCAAAGGUCUGGUCUUUGUUUCGGGAUCAAUGGUGACACCGAUGCUGGCCCAUCGACUAGACAUCUUGAUGAGGAAGACGACGGCAAAGGCGAUGACGGUGUGUAAGUAGAGAGGAACGCCGACCAUACUAUCGCGGAUGCUGGGUUCUUGCAGGACGACAAUUAGGAUUUGAUGAGCCGAGGUAAUGGCAUGAUGGGCGAUAGGACGGAGAGAGGUGGGCAGGGUGGAAGUGGAUGAGAUAGUGAAGAGCGAGCGGCCUCUCAAAGCCAGGGAGUUGAGCAUCAUGCUAGCAAAGUGGUAAUGGAGUUCGACACCUAAACGACAAAGAUUAGCCAUUAAAAACUCGGUUGAUGAGAUACCCGAGACAAGCCUUACCCACUGCCGGAUAGUCACCGACAUGUGCAUCUCGCAACAACGCAUGACGAAAUUGAUACCUCCAACGGUCCAGAUCUUCGAUGAAGCGCUGAUGGGUCAGUAAUGAAACAUCGUCUCCCUCCAUCAAUCUCUCGGCUUCGAGACCAAAAUGAUUAUAGGCCCGACUCAAGAUAAUAAAUAGAGUGACCUGACUGAGGACACGACGGUCG